AUUAACUAAUGGCUCGAACCAGGAGCACCGUGGACGAACGUUUGAUUGCCCGGUUUAAUCAGGAGCUCGGGGCGGAUCUUAAAAAUUUCCACAAAUGUGGCGAUUUAGCCAAGUAUUAUCGGUCCGAGCUGGAGGAUUUACGGGACAAGAUCACAGUUACCGACGUCGCAUGCAUUCCAAGCGUAAAGAAUCUUAUCGAAACGGGUCGAACGAAGCUACAGCAGCUCGACGAGAAGCAGUCCACUUUGGAUGAUUUCGAGGAAAAACUAAGCGACCGGAUCGAGGUGUACCAUCGGCUAAUGAAGGAGGUCGGUGACAAGAUGCGAGAAAUACGGGUACUUCAAACCGUGCGCGACUAUAUGGCGCUGGUAAAAGAUAUCGAAAACAUCAGCCAAGAGCUGGAAUCAUCCAUCAACGGUAAGGAUGAUAGUAAGCCGAUCGCACUGUACGUAGCACUGACCGGAACGAACAGCAUACUCGAUCGUAUCGGUGGCAUUGAGGCGCCGAACUUAAAAAUGUACGCCCGGAACACGGCCUUUCACUGGCACGAUGUGCUUACGGUGAAAUAUUCAGCCGAAUUUGAGGCCCUGCUGAAGGCGAUCAAAUGGCCGAAUUUGAAUCAAUCGCUCGAACAAUUUAAUCCUUCGAAAGACCACGUGAACAAACUGGUUCUGCUGGCGGAACACCUGUUCCUGGUGAAGUUGCCCGGCGAUCAGGAUUUCCUGAACGUUCGACUAACGCCGUGCAUUAUCUGUCCCCACUAUACGACACCGGUGGAGCUGUUUGUGAAGCCGUUCCGGCAGCGAUUUCAGUUCCAUUUUACCGGCAACAAGCAGACGAACCGAUUGGAUCGCCCCGAAUGGUAUUUGACGCAGGUGUUGAUGUGGGCGAAGGAAAAUCACAUCUUCGUCGGGCAACACUUUCAAUCGCCAGCGCUGAGGGCAGGGAUAGCAAAUAGUAGCGUACGGUUGGAAUUUGUACGUGGAUUGGUACAACUGGCGAUCGAGAAGCUGAUCGUAGACAUUGAACAGAUCGUACAGGAUGAAGCACUGUUUGCGCAUCUCAUCGAUGAGGUGUUACCGUUUGAGCAGGAUCUAAAGACAUCGCUCGGAUACCCAAACAGCUAUCCAAGUGUUGUGUCGGUGUUGGUACAACCGGUCUAUUUCCUAAAGUGGAUGGCAAUCGAGAAAAAAUUCACAACGAAUAAAAUGGAUGCGAUGCUCAACACAGACACCGAUCCCUUCGAACUGCUCGAUCCGGCCAACUUAGAUGAGCUGAAAAUUCCUAAAUGUGCCGAUCAAUUUAUACGCCUGCUAGAUGCAAUCAAGGAGCGAUACUGUUGUCUUCCGCAGCCUAGUCAGCAGCUUCAGUUCCUUGAGUUGCAGCUCGAACUGAUCGACAAUUUCCGCUGUCGGCUGCUGCAGCUGUACAACGACGGCGUAAAUCCGACCAAAAUUCUAAACGCACUCAACUAUCUAACCUCGGUGUUGCGCGAAUGGGGUGAGAAUGUUCACUACCUUCAUCUACACGCGGCGCUUUAUGGACCCGAUGCGGACGAAAUAAGUUCCGUGUUUGAUCGUACUAUUGAGGAGCUAAAUUAUUGCCAUCAGAAGCUGGUGGAGGAACUGGUGACAUGGAUUGUGCAUGAAAUCACGUCUCGUUCGCGUCCGUAUCGGUACGAUCUGUGGCCGUCGAUGAAUCCGCACGAUGCCAAAGAAACGCUGAUGGUAUCGCCGUCCGCUAGUGAAAUGUUUCAAACGACCAUCAACCAUCUGCACGACAUGGAGCAGGAACUGUCGACGAACGUGUUCAUGAUCGUGGUGCGCAUGAUCGCCACCGUGCUGGACCGUUGGAUGAUCUCGAGUAUGGUGAUGAACACAAAGUUUUCGAGCGGUGGCGCCCAACAGUUUCACUUCGAUAUGACGCGCAACCUGUUCGGACUGUUUGGUCAGUAUGCGAAGAAAACGAAUUUGCUUUUUAAACGUAUUAAUGACACCUGCAUACUGCUUACGUUGCCACUUGGAUCGGCUAUGCUUCUUAGGGAAACGCUACUAUCGGAAGCGAACGAUGAGGAUGGAUUGUCACGCGCCCUACAAGAGGUUGGUCUAACGAUUUUCGAUAAAAAUACUACUCUCGCAGUGCUCGAUCGACGAAACGAUAUGCCACGGAUGGGCUGA